CGUCACGAAGGCGCGCUCCGAGGGAGCAGGAAGGCAGGAGUACGCCCUGGUUCUCGAGCGCUGGACUCUGGGAGGCCGGGGUUCGAAUCCUGGCCGGGGGCUUGGAAGCCAGCGUCCGUGGGCGAGUCACGCAGCCUCAGCCGGGGCUCCUCUGAAGACACUGGCCAAGAACAGGACUCGAAGGCAGCCGACAGCAACAAGGACAGAAGAUCGAUUAAUCGGCAGUUGGAAGAGUGGAUUCCUCUUCUUUUUGGCCUUUCGACUGUUCUUAUACAUUGAGAACCAGUGUGUGUCGCAGUUAAAAGGCUGGCUUUUACCUGGGGAAGUUCAGAGUUCACUGAAACCCACUGGAGAUGUAUCCACCUUGCAAAAUUAAAGCAGGUUGGCACCAUUUGAACCUCUGGAAUCCUGGGAUUUAUAGUUAGAUGAAGUAUUCAACCUGCUCUGUCAGAGAGCUCUCACCAAACUACAAAUCCCAUGAUUCUGUAGGGCAGUCAUGGCAAUUAAAGUGCUGUCCAGCUGCUUUAUUUUUGCAGUGUAGACACAGCCUUGGUCACCUUGAGCUUACUCCCUCUCAACUAUCCCAUUGGAUUCCUUGAAAGAGACGCAAAUAUGAUAGGGAAACAAAACAGCUUUUGAGUCUCCAUUUGUUUUCCCCUUUGGGAUGGGUGCGUAAGGGAGUGGAUUUAAAUCAGUGAAAAGACUCGCUGUCCAGAAUUCAUGGUGAAUCAAACAUUAACAAGCAAGUGUUCCUACACAAUGGAAGGGAAACAUAUUUUGGAUACCAUCCUUGCUUGCAGCCUUCAAAGACUCUAUCAGAAAUGACAUCUAAUAAAUGCUAACUGACAUAACUUCGCUCACCAAAAUGGUAGACACAGAAAGCCAGCUUUGUCCCCUUAUUCCCCUAAAGGAGGAGGAUCUUGGCAGUCCGUUGUCAGAAGAUUUUUUGCAAGACAUGGAGAGUAUAAAAGAGCUCUCACGGUCUAUAAGUGGGGACAGCUCAGGAGCAUUAAGUGUAACAGACUUCCCAUCAUUGGGAAAUGGACCUGGGUCUGAUGGAUCAAUCAUUACAGACUCCCUUUCACCAGCAUCAAGUCCUUCAUCAGUGAAUCUUAACACAGUCCCAAGCGGCAAAGAUGAAACACCCAGUACAGCAUUAAAUAUUGAAUGUAGAAUAUGUGGCGAUAAAGCUUCAGGCUACCAUUAUGGAGUUCAUGCAUGUGAAGGUUGUAAGGGCUUUUUUAGGCGGACAAUCAGACUAAAACUUAGCUAUGAUAGAUGUGAUCGCAAUUGCAAAAUUCAGAAAAAAAAUCGUAACAAGUGCCAAUACUGUCGUUUUCAAAAGUGCCUUUCAGUAGGGAUGUCUCAUAACGCAAUUCGAUUUGGUCGGAUGCCAAGAUCAGAGAAGGCAAAGUUGAAGGCUGAAGUUCUAACAGGUGAACACUGUAUAGAAAAUUCUGAAAUCGCAGAUCUUAAAUCGCUUGCCAAGAGAAUUUAUGAAGCAUAUUUGAAAAACUUUAAUAUGAACAAAGUCAAAGCCAGAAUCAUCCUUGCAGGAAAAACCAAUAACAAUCCACCAUUUGUUAUACAUGAUAUGGACACGUUGUGUAUGGCAGAGAAGACACUGGUGGCAAAACUGGUAGCCAAUGGCAUACAGAACAAGGAAGCAGAAGUUCGAAUCUUCCACUGCUGCCAGUGUACCUCAGUCGAGGCUGUAACAGAACUUACAGAAUUUGCCAAAUCUAUCCCUGGCUUCUCAAACCUAGACCUAAAUGACCAGGUGACUCUACUAAAAUAUGGGGUUUAUGAAGCAAUUUUUGCCAUGCUGGCCUCUGUGAUGAACAAAGAUGGGAUGUUAGUAGCCUAUGGAAAUGGUUUUAUAACUCGAGAAUUCCUCAAAAGUUUAAGGAAGCCAUUUUGUGAUAUUAUGGAGCCGAAGUUUGAUUUUGCAAUGAAAUUCAAUGCGCUGGAGCUAGAUGAUAGUGACAUAUCUCUUUUUGUGGCUGCUAUAAUUUGUUGUGGAGAUCGCCCAGGCCUUGUAAACAUUGGACACAUUGAAAAGAUGCAGGAGAGCAUUGUUCAUGUACUAAAACUUCAUUUACAAAGCAACCAUCCUGAUGACAUCUUCCUCUUUCCAAAACUCCUACAGAAAAUGGCAGACCUCCGACAGCUUGUCACAGAGCAUGCUCAUCUUGUUCAGAUAAUCAAAAAGACUGAAUCUGAUGCACACUUACAUCCUUUGUUACAGGAAAUUUAUAAAGAUAUGUAUUAAAGUUGUUCUCGAUUUGUAUGAUAUGUAAAGAAAAUAGCAAUACUAAUAGAUGGGAGCAAAUAACUUUGCACAAUUGUUUUCUGCUAUGCUUUAAUCUCAAAUCACUAGUGAACCUAAAAUGUAGGUAACUGGAAUAUCACAUUUCUUUUGCCGGGGAUUGUUUUUAAGUACUUUUUAAAAGUACAUACAGUGGGCCCUUGGUGUCUGCUGGGGUUUGGUUUCCACCCCCCCAUCCCCCAAAUGGAUAUCAAAAUCUGUGGAUGCUCAAGUCCCAUUAUAUAAAAUGGUGUAGU